CCAGCGCACGUGAGGUAUGUCGUGUUUUCUGAGCCUGUACUGUUACCAUGGAGGAGUAAAGAGCUAUUAUCGACCCUUACGAUCCGUCUUAAUCACAAUUACCGAUCUUGGCUGGUACGAAAGAAAAGGCCUGCUACCUUCCUUGAGUUCUGAUUAAAAUGAAAGGUUUUAUCAAGAUUUUGUUGCUGCUUUGUGCUCUCUCGUUGGCUAAAGCCAAACCUGUCCCUGAAACAUCCGAUAACCUCGGAGAAAUUUGGAACGUUCAAGACUGGGACACAGUCUCGGAAUUUGAGACUUCCUUGGACGAAGAAGAGGACGAGAAGGCUUGGGACGAAGAUUGGGAUGAAGAAGAGGACGAGGAGGAUUGGAGUGAAGAAGAGGAUGAGGAGGCUUGGGAUGAGAGUGAUGAGAAUCCACAGUGGGUCGAAGAUAGUGACUUGGAGGGAUGGAACGAGCCAGAAUGGGAAAAUGACCGCAGUGAGGAGGAAAAGAAUGACGAAGGAGAAGAAGAAGGAGACGAAGUAGAAACAGUUGAUGCAGACCCAGCAAUUGAUGAUGCGAAUGACGAGAGUGAAGGUUAUGAAGAAAUUGUAGUUCCCAUGGAAGAAAGUGACGUCUUCGAGGGAGAAAUUCGGGAUUUCAAGAGAGAUCUUGACCUGAUGCAAGAGACCUUUAGGGGGAAUUUUGAGAUACGCUAGACUCGACCGGCUGAGGAAACGCCUCGCGAUGUCGACUUCAUCGCAUCCGCAGUAGUUUGUCAUUAAAACUUGUAACAUUAGGAAAGAAAAAGCGAGCACAUGUAAAAUUGUAAAAAUGCAUAUGAGUGUGGGAUAGUGUACUCUGGUAGUUCAGAAUCUGGCCAGGAGCCCAUUACUCUUGAUGGGCUCCUGAUCUGGCAUUAUUAUGAAAGGAACUCGCUAGACAGAGUUCAAUUCCGAGGUUCUUUUUUAAGUGUCAUUCAUUGUGUCGCGCAGUUUACCCCGUUACAUGCAUGCGUAUCUAUUCAUAUAGGGCUGCACCGUCAGUUUGUCAGCGGUCGCGCCACUACACUGAACGAGGAGAAUGUUAAGUUUCAUUGCCCGUAAGAUCCUGCCAAUGCAUGUAUUCUCAAUUUUUUCACCGAAAAGUUACUCUUGCGAUUAGAAAUAGAUAUCGAAUUUCUGAGGAAUUAAGUUUUUUAAUCUUUGUUUUUAUCUUUUUGGUAGUGUUGAAGGACUGUUCUACAUUCCGUGAAAAGUGCCAUAAAGCCUUAGCCCUACCCCUCCCCAACUCUGUUGUACACCUAUCAUCACUCUCACAUGCAUUUUAUUAUAAAAUUAUUGCCAAAAGCUUUAUUUAGUAAGGUGUCUAUACGUGUUUUUGUUGCUGUCAUUUGAUUUCGAAUAUUGAAUUUGUGUAACUUAGAAAAAUAUAAAAGGCUGAUAAAAGAAAUGACUAAGGUUUGUCCUGUUUUUACCCUUUA